CAAAAUCAAAUUAAACAUUUCUAACCACGUGUACCUCGUGUUGAAUGCGAGAAAAAUAAACAAUAAGAAACGUGAGAACAAAAAAACGAUGAUGAUGAUUUGCAAUGUUCUUUUGGAUGAAAAACAAUCGGAAAAUUUAUCCAUAGUAUUUAAAUAUAAACAUCCAAAUCAUGAUGGUGAACGAUUAUUUACAUUCAAACGUAGCAUUACAGAAUCAUUAGAUUGUUGUUGUAAACGUAUGAAAAUUAAUCUGGAAAAAGCAUUCAACGCUAUCAAUAAGAAGAAGAAAAAAACGAAUAAUUCUGGCGAUGCUACGAAUGAUAAUUUUGCGAUAAAAUUCUAUCGAAAUAAUAUUGAAGUUGAUGAUAAUAUUCAGAAUAAAGAUUUCUGGAAAGAUGGUUCAACAAUGUCAAUCAAUGGAAUCGAUUAUUGUAUCAAGUUUAAUUAUCCACAUAUUUCAGAAAUAUCAUUAUCCAAUAUAAUAUUGACAGGUUAUUUUACCUAUCCAUAUCUGGAAAUAAUUAAUGGAAAUAUUACCGAUAGUAAAUUUUUAUGGUUUCGUUCCAAAGAUUCAUUGGAAUGGACAUUGGUUGGUGAAGAAUUUCUUUACGAAGUAAAACAAGAAGAUUUGGAUUACAAAUUGAAAAUAGUUUGCAUUCCAAUGUUGAAUACGAAUGAAGGUAUUUCUAAAGAAGCAAUUUCACCGAAAACUAUUUCAAAAGGACCGGAAAAUUGUCCAUUCGAAAAAAGUUUCAUUCAUACACGUGAAAAAUUAACCGAUUCAUUUCGUAUUGUUUCAUAUAAUCUUUUAGCUAAUUUAUAUGCAAAUUCAGAAUAUUCAAAAGAUGUUCUUUAUUCUUAUUGUAAAGAUUGUUAUCUAGAUUUUUCCUAUCGAAAAACAUUAUUAAUCAAAGAACUAAUUGGUUAUAAUGGUGAUAUAUAUUUUCUACAAGAAUUGGAUUCAAUUUUCUAUCGAAAAGGUCUUAAUCCAAUAUUAAAAUUUUCUGGUUUAGAUUCAUAUUUUAUUGCUAAAGAAUCAAAUUCAGAAGGUUUAUGUAUUGCUUAUCGAUAUUCAAGAUUUGAAUGUUUACAAAAACAAGCACAUACUUAUUCCGAUAUGCUCAUUAAUAAUGAACAAUUUGAAUUUUUACAACUGAAAAUUUCAAAAAAUCAACAACUAUUUGAUCGUAUUAAAAAACUGAAAAAUACUUUUCAAAUCAUCCUAUUGAAAUCGAAGAUUGAAAACAAAAAUAAAUUACUAAUUUUAUGUAAUUUACAUCUUUAUUCAAAAGAUGAUGCUGAUCAUAUUCGAUUAAUACAAACAUUCAUUACUAUUAAAUAUAUUGAAAAUUUUUUAAACGAAUUGAAUGCAAAUGAAAAUUAUCGUCAUUGUCAAAUAACUACAAUCGUAUCGGGUGAUUUUAAUUCUACACCAGAAUUUGGUGUUUUAAAAUUUAUAAAAAAUAAAACAGUUGAUUCAACAUUGGAAGAUUUCCGAAGUAAUGAAUCGGAAGUAAUUAACGAACAUUUUGUUUGGGAACAUCAAUUAAAUUUUGAAAGUGCUUGUGGUUUUCCCAAAUAUACACACUAUGCUGAACAUUUUCAAGGUUGUUUGGAUUAUAUUUUUUAUGAUCCAAACAAUUUAAAAGUUUUGAAUAUAGUUCCAAUGAUUGAACAUCAAGAAGUAAUCAAAGAGAUAGCAUUACCAAAUCAGAAAAUUCCUUCCGAUCAUUUACCAUUGAUUUGUACAGUUGCAUGGAAUAAAUAAAUC